AUGGGUCGCCAUCACGGCACCAAAAAGCGUCUGUACCUCUCGCGGCCCGAGCCAGACAUCCUCACCUCUCGCCGCCGCGUCACGCGCAUUAUCCCACCUACCCCUCCGCCAUGCGAAGAGCCCGUCCCCGUCCCCAUCAUCGAGGAGCCUGCCGAGCCUGAGCCAUGCCCGCCAGCGCCCUGUCCAUCCCCACCCGCCCUUCCCGCGCCCGAGCCGCAAAUUGAAGUCAUAGCCGUCGACGUCGAGCCGUCGGUGAAGUCGUCAAAGUCCAGCCGCAGCCGUUCCAGGAGCCACAGCCACACCCGCGAGAAGGAGUUGUACGUUGAGCGAGAUCGCUUCGUCCCCGUGCCUGUGCCCGUCCCCGUGGAGCCCAGGUACGAAACAUACCGCUACGUCGAGGCCCCGAGGAGGUACGUCGAGCCUCCUAGGGAGAGGAAGAUGAUUGAGGAUAAUAAGGAGAGAGUGACCCAUGUCCAUGUCCACACGGAGGAUAGGGAGACGAGUCGUGAAAGGAGGGCCUAUCGCGACAGGGAUUGCUACGAUAGAGAGUACUAUGACUCGAGGGAUUAUUAUCGGCGGUAA